CAGAUUUCCAAUUUCCCACGCACAACUCUACGGACAAAGGAUCAUCGUGCUUGCGAUUCCCGACACCAUUCCGACGCUACUGCUUUUCCCGUACAUCCCUCCCGAUUAGAAACGACGACUGACAAGAUGAGUGCGCUAGCCUUUCCCCUGCUCCUACUGCUCUGCUCUACUGCCCUCUCCCAGGGCCACCCUGCACACAGCCGGCCCUCUAAAGACGGUACGUUGAUGCACAGGCCACGAAGACCGCUUGUUUGUACCAUGCCUUCCGUCUUGCGUGUGUGUGCUGACCGUCUGCAGAUCUGCCCGCCGCCCAGGGCCUCGCUGCCGUGGAUGGCCACGAAGGCGGCUACGCCGACCACGAUGGCGAGAAGACCACACACGAGCUCAGCGUCGGCCAGAUCGGCCAUGACCAGCCGAAGGCCUACCCCUACUCGUCGAGCAGCGGCGACACCGAGAAGACCACACUGAACGACUCGCGCGGCCUGGCUGCCCUCAACGGCCAGGAGGGCGGCUAUGCCGAGAGCGAUGGUGAGAAGACCACUCACACCCUCGAGGCGUUUGAGCGAAUGGAUCAGGUGGCAACCGAAGACGAGACACACGAAGAGGGUACGUAGGUGUGAAAGGGGGGAGAGUGGCUCAGUAGUCCAUUUUGUCUGUGCAUUUCUGCAUUUCAGAGUCUCUCGACAGUGAGGCCCCUGAUGAAGUGGAAACUGCUGGUAACGAUACUGUGGAAAGUGACAGCGAUAUUCACCAAGAGGGUAAGCGACACGACACAGCAAGAGUGGGUGCAGCGAGAGACUCACUCAUGUGUCUGUGUCUGAUUCCAGAGACUCUCGAUCAAGUGGAAACCGACAGCGACACUACUGUGGAAACGGGCGACAAAACUUACCAAGAGGGUAAGCAAGGGGCUGGAUGGACUCGAGGGCCGAUCGUGCACUUCCGAUGUCUGAUUUCCAGAGACUGUCGCCAGCGAGGCGCGUGCCAUGGCUGCCGUGGGCGGCCACGAGGGCGGCUAUGCUGACCAUGAUGGCGAGAAGACCACCCACGAGCUCAGCCUUCCCGUGAUUCAGGAGAGUGCUGAGAGUGCUGAGACCAACGCCUACCCCUACACCAGCCUUGACGACGAGAAGACGACCCUCGAGUACCCCCCUCGCGCAAUGGCCGCACUCAACGGCCACGAGGGCGGAUACGGCGACCACGAUGGCGAGAAGACCACCCACAUUCUCGGAUCGCCGCCCAGCAUCGUUCCAUACCCACACGACGGCCACCCGCACAAGGACCGCUCGGCGAAGGACGGGAGCACCCCCACGACUCGCAAGAGCAAGAAGGGCGCCGUUCGCCAGCUCCUGAAGAAGGCCGCGGCCACCAAGGUCGACCCGAGACUCUCGGACCUCAGCGACCGAGGCUCGCUCGUAUCGACCAAGCACACGGUGCACGAGCUGGCCACACAGCUGGGUCAGCCUGAGUGGCAUCAGCCGUCGUCGGCCAACAACAGAGCGCUGCACGUGUAUGACAACGACGGCAACCAGAAUGAGCUCUUCCUGGAGGAGGAAGAGCCCGUUCCCAAGGCUGAGAAGAUGCAGGACAGCAGCCGGCCAUGCACGACACUAUGGUGAGCACUCACACACAUACGGUCACACCGACACACCGAGUGCAACACAAUCAUGGGUGUGUGCAUGUGUGCGGAUCAGGUGUCCACGCGACCGUCAUCUGCGCCGCCGUCCAUCCGAGGCGACGAAAGCUCACCCGCACAUGCACACCCUGUCGUGGGCAGCUCGCGAGGGCACCCUCAAGCACGGCACCACACACGACACGGGCGAUGCUGAUGCGAAGGAGGAGCUGGUGGCCAAGUCCAUGUGGAGCAGAGGCAUACUCGUGGACGCGGUCGCAAGAGAUGACGUCCAGACCCUCCAAGCCGACCUGAAGAAAAUGGGCGGGUGGGCAAACGAGGGAGGGGGAAAGGGGAGAGAGAGAGAUGUGGGUAUGAUUGAUGCGUGUGGCUUGUGUGGUGUGGUGUGGUUGUCAGGUCUGAAAUCAUUUGCAUGGACCGGUUGUGCAGUGCGAUCGUGCCGCACUCGCAGCUGCAGGCCCUCAUGCAGGCCGAGUCCGUGCAGCUCAUCUACCCCGCCUCACCCAUCGAGCGGGACCCACCCAAUACACACGACCACACCAAGAGAGCCCUCCGACAGAGGCACCAAUAGACAGAGACAGAGAGACACAAACACACACACCCGGCCGGCCGACCAGCCAGCCCCCGUUUUAAACGCAUCAGGCAGGGGUUUUCUCUGCCUGGUCGGCCGCUGAUGCGUUUCUCCUUUGCUUGCUUGCCUGUCGCUCUCAUGUGCGCGUGUGGUGUGCGGUGUGUGGUCUAUCGUAUCCAUUUAUCAGCUGCUGGGUGGCAGGACAGGAAGCUCGGUGACAAUUUUCGGCCGCUUUUUGUUUGUCGCGACAGACAAGGCAAGAGAGAUGAUGGGGUUUUGUAUCAGAUCUGAUCAGAUGAGUGAGCCGGGGAUGGCAUCCAUGUUGUGGGCGCGUGGUGUGUGUGUAUGUAUGUAUGUGUGUGUGUGUACGCACGUUCGAUCCAUCGCAGUAACGCCCUACUUGCAUACAUGUAUGUACAAUUGCAUGUAUUCGCGGUGGGCCGAACGGUGUCGCUGUGUCGAAGGCAUGGGUUAUCGAAGGCAGGCAGGCAGCGAGAGAGAGAGAGAGAGAGUCCUUGAGCGGCCGGGGUAGGGUGGGUUCGUGUGUCGAAUGUCAUGUCUGUGCUUCGCUGUGCUUCUUGUAUGUACGUGUCGAUUGGACAUAUAUACGGACCGACGUAUAUUCAUGGCAGCUAGCAAAGCUAGGUUGAGAGCGUCUCAUCUUCCAUCCCUGCUCUCCCUAGCUUAGCUGUGUUUGCCAACAAUGAAUAAUCGCACACGGACCCACCCUCUAUGUCAUGUCUAUGUCCUUGCCUGUCUUGUGUGUUGGGGAUGACCUUAUGGGAGGGAGGCAGAGAGAGAAGUUCGACAUGUCUAGCCCUUCUGCUUGUCUGUCUGUCUGUCUGUCUGUAGGUCUCUCACGCUCUCUCGACCCAUGAUGUACCUACCCUCCCUCCCCAUGUGUGUAUGUCCCUUGUCGAUAGCAACCUCUAUGUGGGCAGGGAGGCGGCCAGGCCAACGUAUGCAUGUGUGCACAAGGGCCGUGUGUGUGCAUGCAUGUCCGUCUGUCUGUCUGUCUGUCUGUGGAUUGAGGUUUUGCUGGCUGUCGGCGUGUCUGCGUGUGUAUGUGUGCAUGGAUGUGUCUGGCCGUGGGAUGGGUGGUUGAGCAGCGCUCGUGUGAUGGACGGGGUGACCGAUGGGAUGUGAUGCAUGUCCCCGCACUGCUACAUAUAUAGUGGGAGAACGUGCGAUGCAUUGCAUGCAUUCAUUCAUCUGAGGGAAGUGUGUCUCGCUGUGUCUAUUGUAUCUGCGUGUGGCUCUGUGUCUGUGUGCAAAUGUGGGGGUGAAUUCGCUGGCUGAGAAAAUGCAGUGACCCUGGGGAAGAGAGAUAGAGAGGGACAGAGGGAGCGGUCGGCACACCCACGCUUUUUGCCCCUUCGUGUGGUGCUUGCUCCUUACUCCUUAUCCGUCCCCUCACUGCCGUUUGCCCGAUGCAUGCCAUGCAUGUCAGUAUCUGUCCGUCCACGAAUGGCACCAUCGUAACACCUGACUGACUGCUGGCUGGAUGCAUCGCUGCCGGCUCUGGCUCAGCUGCCGGCACUUGUCGAUAAUCGGAUAUGAUUCAUCAUCUUGCCCUCGUUCGCCCCCACUGUGUCUGUCUGAUGGGUGUCUCAUGCGUGAGUGCGCUGGUAUUUAUGUGCCUUCUGACAUCAAGAAGGGAGAGAUACAUGGAUGUGUCAUGAUGUGUGUCGUGUGAGUCGUGCGUGUGGGGCUCUGCGGUCGUUCGAUCAUGUGAACCCCUCUAUUUAUGGCUGUGACAGUCUGGCUGUGGGCUGGGCUAUGGGGAGGACCAGGCCCAUCGCUCUCAUUUUCUGCCUGCCUGCCUGCCUGGAGGUUUUGCCAACACCUACGUCCCUAUCUGUUGUGUUUCUCGUCCUGCCUCUGUGUGUACAUAAGUUUCCCGCGCCCUUUUUGGUCAAGCGUCCCUCCCUCUGUCCCAUUCUCUGCCUCCCGUCUACUCUGUGUCGAAAUUUCUGACAACCCUUGUAUGUGUGUGUAUGUGUCCGUUCGUGUGCUAGGGGCGGAUUGGGAGGGGGAGGUAAUUCAGUCAGCGGACUUGUCAAUCAAUUAAUCGGUCAGACAUACAGACACUGACGUGUGCCUACAUGUGUGUGUGUGUUUAUAAAUAAAUGAAUGUGCAUGGCUGCAGCCACUCUUCCCACCAAAAAUACUCAUCACGCCGGGCGAGAAUUUGAGAGACAAACCCACAAACCCUAACGCGUCUCGUCUUUUUUCAAAAUCCCUGAGAACACACCGCCACGCAGCGCAUAAGAGCAGCAGCAGCUCCAGCAGCUCCCAGCAGCAGCAGCAGCAGCAACCAACAGCAGCAACACCCGUCGGCACUGUUUAGGCGUCGCAGCUGUCCCCUGGACGCCCGGUGUCUUUGAUAAGUAUCGCCAGCGGCAUGUUCUUGUUCCGCCGCGACCUGGAGACCGCCCCU